ACCCAAACCACAGCGCUCCCGCGGCUAAUCCUGCCCUCUCCCCUCUCCCUUCCCACCCCGCCCCCGGCCCUUCCUCUCCCGGCGCUGCCCUCUCCCCUCUCCCCUCCCCGCUCCCUCUGCUCGCCCCCCGGGGCCCCUCCGUCCCGUCCUCCCGCUGCCGCCGGCGGCCCGGCGGGUGGGUGCGAGGUCGGGGCUGCCAGGCACCCCGCCCCUCCCCGGCUGGGCCGUCAUUCGGCUGCCGGUUGAUUACAGGGUAUUGAUUUGUAUGUGCUUCUCCCGGCGCCGGCCGCUCCCGCUGGUGCUGCUGGAGUUCGGGCAGCGCUUCUCGUAGCGGCGGCGGCAGCUCCCACCAAACAUGUCGGCUCCCGCCGGGCCCCGGAGCGGCCCCGCCGCUCCUCAGCCUCCUCCGGCCCCGCAGCCCGAGAUGCCGGACCUCAGCCACCUCACGGAGGAAGAGCGGAAGAUCAUCCUGGCCGUCAUGGACCGCCAGAAGAAGGAAGAGGAGAAGGAGCAAUCCGUGCUCAAAAAAUUACAUCAGCAAUUUGAGAUGUAUAAGGAGCAAGUGAAGAAGAUGGGUGAAGAAUCACAGCAGCACCAGGAGCAGAAGGGUGAUGCCCCAACCUGUGGCAUCUGCCACAAAACAAAGUUUGCUGAUGGCUGUGGCCAUAACUGUUCAUAUUGCCAAACUAAAUUCUGUGCGCGCUGCGGAGGGAGAGUGUCUCUGCGGUCAAACAAGGUAAUGUGGGUAUGUAACUUGUGCCGAAAACAACAAGAAAUCCUCACAAAAUCAGGAGCCUGGUUCUAUAACAGUGGAUCACAUGCACCACAGCAGCCAGACCAAGAAGGAAUUAGAGCUCUGAGGAAUGAGGAAGCACCUCAAGAGAAAAAAGCAAAACUGCAGGAGCAUCCACAGUACCAGGGACCACCAGGUGACAUAUCCACACAAGCUUUGGACAAAAACAGAUCUCAAGGGCUCACAAGACAAGACUCCAUUAAGAAUGGUUCAACAGUAAAGCAUCAAGUAACAAGUGACACAUCAGACAGGAAAAGAAGCCCUUCAAUAUCAAGAGAACAGAGCAGAAGAUACGACCAGAGGGACGAGAGAGACGAAUAUUCACAGUAUGCUACAUCAGACAGUGCGAUGCCCAGGUCACCAUCAGAUUAUUCAGAUAGGCGGUCACAGCGUGGGCCUCAGUUAUACGAAGAACCUGAACUGGGUGAUUAUAGAGAUUCCAACAGAAGGAGCCGCAGGCGUUCCAAGGAGUAUCCGGUAGAAGAAGAAGAUGCACAAAGCAGGGAGGAAUAUGAAAGGCAAAGGAGGGAAGAGGAAUACCAGGCACGAUACCGAAGCGAUCCUAAUUUGGCUCGUUACCCAGUCAAGCCACAGCCAUAUGAGGAGCAGAUGCGUAUCCACGCCGAAGUGUCCCGAGCACGUCACGAACGGAGACACAGCGAUGUCUCACUGGCAAAUACAGAGCUGGAAGACUCGCGGAUGUCCAUGCUCAGGAUGGAGCGGCCAUCAAGACAAAGAUCGGUGUCUGAGCGCAGGGCUGCCAUGGAAAAUCAACGUUCAUACUCUAUGGAAAGAACUCGAGAGGCUCAGGGACCAAGUCCCAAUCGUCAGAGGACCACAAAUCAUAGCCCUCCUACACCUAGGAGGAGUCCAAUUCCUCUGGAAAGACCAGACAUGAGGCGCUCUGAUUCUUUAAGGAAACAGCACCAUUUGGAUCCCAGUUCUGCUGUCCGGAAAACAAAACGUGAGAAGAUGGAGACCAUGUUGCGGAAUGAUUCCCUCAGCUCAGACCAGUCUGAAUCCAUCAGACCUCCACCACCAAAGCCCCAUAAAACGAAAAAGGGAGGUAAAAUGCGCCAGGUUUCAUUAAGUAGCUCAGAAGAAGAAUUGGCAUCCACUCCAGAAUAUACAAGUUGUGAUGAUGUAGAGAUUGAAAGUGAAAGUGUUAGUGAAAAAGGGGACAGUCAAAGGGGAAAAAGAAAAACUAGUGAGCAGGCAGUUUUGCCGGAUUCUAACGCCUUAUCCGAGAGGCAAAAGAGAAUGGUGAGCUUUGGUGGCCACUCCUUGGAAGAGGACUUGGAAUGGUCUGAGCCUCAGAUAAAAGACUCUGGGGUAGAUACGUGCAGUAGCACAACUCUAAACGAGGAACAUAGCCAUAGUGAGAAGCAUCCAGUCACUUGGCAACCCUCCAAAGAUGGAGAUCGUCUCAUUGGUCGGAUUUUGUUAAAUAAACGACUAAAGGAUGGAAGUGUGCCUAGAGAUUCAGGAGCAAUGCUUGGAUUGAAGGUAGUAGGAGGAAAGAUGACUGAAUCAGGUCGACUCUGCGCAUUUAUCACCAAAGUUAAAAAAGGAAGCUUAGCUGAUACAGUUGGGCAUCUUAGACCAGGUGAUGAAGUAUUAGAAUGGAAUGGAAGGAUACUACAAGGAGCCACCUUUGAGGAGGUGUAUAAUAUCAUUUUAGAAUCCAAACCUGAGCCACAAGUAGAGCUUGUAGUUUCAAGACCAAUAGGGGACAUUCCCAGAAUACCUGACAGCACACAUGCACAGCUGGAGUCCAGUUCUAGUUCAUUUGAAUCUCAAAAAAUGGACCGACCUUCUAUUUCAGUGACUUCUCCUAUGAGUCCUGGCAUGUUAAGGGAUGUUCCACAGUUCUUGUCUGGACAACUUUCAAGCCAAAGCCUUAGUAGAAGAACAACGCCUUUUGUUCCUAGGGUUCAGAUAAAACUGUGGUAUGACAAGGUUGGUCAUCAGUUAAUAGUGACCAUACUGGGAGCAAAGGAUCUUCCUUCAAGGGAAGAUGGGAGGCCAAGGAAUCCUUAUGUUAAAAUUUACUUUCUUCCAGACAGAAGUGAUAAAAAUAAAAGAAGAACAAAAACAGUAAAGAAAACAUUGGAACCUAAGUGGAAUCAGACAUUUAUUUAUUCUCCAGUUCAUCGGAGAGAGUUUAGAGAACGAAUGUUAGAAAUCACACUCUGGGACCAAGCACGAGUUCGAGAGGAAGAAAGUGAAUUUUUAGGAGAGAUUCUUAUUGAGUUAGAGACAGCAUUACUAGAUGAUGAACCUCACUGGUACAAACUGCAAACACAUGAUGUCUCUUCAUUGCCACUUCCCCAUCCUUCACCAUAUUUGCCACGCAGACAACUCCAUGGAGAGAGUCCCACACGGAGGUUGCAAAGAUCCAAAAGAAUCAGUGACAGUGAAGUCUCUGAUUAUGACUGUGAUGAUGGAAUUGGUGUUGUUUCAGACUACCGACAUAAUGGGAGAGAUCUUCAAAGUUCAACACUGUCAGUGCCAGAGCAAGUAAUGUCAUCUAACCAUUGUUCUCGAUCAGGGUCCCCUCACCGUGGAGAUAGUAUAGGACGGACUAGAUCCUGGUCUCCCAGUGUCCCUCCCCCACAAAGUCGGAACGUGGACCAGGGCCUGCGAGGGACGCGGUCGCCGGCUGCGCACUACAACACCCUGAACCGCAUGGACAGGCACCGCGGGAUGGAGGAGCACUACUCCCCCGACAGAGAGAGUCAUUAUGUUACUUUACCUCGUUCCUGGUACACCCAGUCCACAGAUCACCAUUACAGGGAUGUCAGCCAGGAUCACACAAUGUAUCCCCUGUUUUGUGAAGAUGCAAUCAGAUUGCUGCGCUCCCGCACCAUGUGCCGUACCUACUCUGAGGGUGCUUACUAUGAUCUCGAGAGGAGGACUAGGCAGGAGAGAAGAGUGCCUAAUUCAUAUUAUGAUGACACAGCCUAUACUCCUGAAAGGUGGUACAAUGGUGCAAGUUCAUGGGCAGAUGAUAUAGUCAAUGGUUCAGCUGAAAAAUAUGGCAAAGUUCCUAUAGCUAGUAGAAGAAUAAUAUGCCCAAGGAUUGAAAUCCAGCAACCAUCCACAGACACUGACAGAAGCGAGACAGUGGAUGUUUUUGCUGAUGAAGCUUCCUAUUCAGAAACAGAACUGAUAGAAGAACAAGUGAGGAAUUGUGAAGCAGCAGAUAGACAGCCAUAUCAAAGAUCCCGAUCAACAGAGCAACGUCCUGUGCUAGAGCGGACCAACUCCCGCUCCCGAUCCACAGAGCGUCCUGACUCAAACCUCAUCAGGUCGAUGCCUUCAUUAAUGACUGGAAGAUCUGCCCCUCCUUCACCUGCCUUACCGAGGUCACAUCCUCGAACUGGGUCUGUCCAGACAAGUCCAUCAAGUACUCCAGUAGUAGGGCGAAGGGGCAGGCAGUUACCGCAGCUCCCGCCAAAGGGCACCUUGGAGAGAAACAAUGGAGACAAGGAGAUAGAAUCUUAUGAAGCAGGAGAUGAAGAAAACAAGCAUACUGGAGUUCAGGAGGCAGAGGUCGAGGCAGACUGUGAGGAAAAACAUCAAACCCCUCCUGUUAAUGGGCGAAAAGAAGUUACAUGGGAGGACCAGCAGAAAAAGGUGAAUGGUACAAUAACUGAUGACAAACCAUUGCUGAAAAAGAAACACCAUUCUGAGACAGAAGAAGCGGAAUCAUCAAGGAGAACAAACUCAGAAGAAAAGAAAACAGAUCCAGAGAAUGGGGAUACAGGUGCAUUGGAUGUAGAAGAAAGGAAUCGCCAAAUGAAAAUGAGCAAGUACAAACAGGUAGCAGGAUCAGAUUCCAGGCUGGAACAAGAUUAUCAUUCUAAGUAUCGGGCGGGGCGGGAUCCCCACCGGGGCUCAGACAACGUGUCCAACAAGUCCUCGGACAGCGAUGUCAGCGACGUGUCGGCCGUGUCGCGCACCAGCAGCGCCUCCCGCUUCAGCAGCACCAGCUACAUGUCGGUCCAGUCGGAGCGCCCCAGGGGCAGCAAGAAGAUAAGAGGGACAAGGGAUAUAGAGGGGAAAAAAGAGGGAGGGCUGGAAGGGGAUGAACCAGAUGAAGUAUUUCCUGAGGAGGAAGAAAAACAGGAGGAGGAGGAAAAAGCAAAAAAGGAAGAAAUAAAUGAAAAAGGGGAAGGGCAAGAGGUGACAGAGAACUGUGAUAAGGAGGAGAUCAAAGAAUCAGGGCAUGAUGAAAAAGCUCAAGAAGACCAAACUGAGGAAGGGAAAGAGGAUGACAGUGUCUUUACAUCCAAAAUGCAAAGCAGACAGAUGGCCAUCUCAGGAAAGAACAUGACAAAGAGCACCAGCAUCAGCGGGGAGAUGUACACGCUGGAGAAGAACGACGGCAGCCAGUCGGACACGGCCGUGGGCACGGUUGGCGGCGGCAGCAAGAAGAGGCGCUCCAGCAUCGGUGCCAAGAUGGUCGCCAUCGUGGGGCUCUCGAGAAAGAGCCGCAGCACGUCACAGCUCAGCCAAACUGAAGCAGGGGGCAAGAAGCUGCGGAGCACCGUCCAGAGGAGCACGGAGACAGGGCUGGCCGUGGAGAUGAGGAACUGGAUGACCCGCCAGGCGAGCCGGGAGUCGACCGAUGGCAGCAUGAACAGCUACAGCUCUGAGGGAAAUUUGAUCUUCCCUGGUGUGAGAUUGGCUGCAGACAGCCAGUUCAGUGAUUUUCUGGAUGGGCUUGGUCCUGGCCAGCUUGUAGGACGACAGACUUUGGCAACACCAUCUAUGGGAGAUAUUCAGGUGGGAAUGAUGGACAAGAAAGGACAACUGGAAGUAGAAAUAAUCCGAGCCCGUGGCCUUGUUGUAAAACCAGGUUCAAAGACACUGCCAGCACCAUAUGUAAAGGUGUAUCUAUUAGAAAAUGGAGUCUGCAUAGCCAAAAAGAAAACAAAGGUAGCAAGAAAAACGCUGGAACCACUUUAUCAGCAACUCCUAUCAUUUGAAGAAAGUCCCCAAGGGAAAGUUUUACAGAUAAUUGUUUGGGGAGACUAUGGACGAAUGGAUCACAAAUCCUUUAUGGGAGUGGCACAGAUACUUUUAGAUGAACUGGACCUGUCCAACAUGGUGAUUGGGUGGUUCAAACUUUUCCCUCCUUCUUCCCUAGUAGACCCAACCUUAGCUCCUCUCACUAGAAGAGCUUCCCAGUCAUCUCUUGAAAGCUCUACAGGACCUUCGUAUGCUCGCUCAUAGCAGCUGUGAAACUGUUGUCAUAGCAACCAGCGUUACAAAAAAACAAAAUUACAGGUCGCAAACCCUGGUAACACUGCAUGCUUAAUGUUGUGUCUUCUGAGCCUGUUUCUAGGGCUGCAAGGCGAUCCUGUGUUCUCAAGGAAGUUGCACACAUUGUGCCCUACGGAAGGCCCUCAGGUGAUGGACUGAAAUCACGAAGAACUGAUAGGUGUGGAGUUCAGGGACUCAGUUCUGGUCCAAUCUGAAGCCAUGGACUAAACUAAAGAAAUCAAUCUGUUUCAUGCAACAAAAGUCCUUUUCAAUGGCAUAUCUGUUUUGUUGCUCCCAUUUCUUUAUUUAUCUGCCCUCCCCUCCCAAAGUUUGGUUAUGCCACAGAAGCAGAGUUACCCUCCCAUGAAGCCACAUCACAAGUCAGUGGAUUAGCAGAUGUUGGAAGAAAAGAAGAAUCUAAGGAUGCUGGAAAAGUCAACUGGCACUUGCAGCAGUUGCUUGAGAUCUGAAAACUCUUCAUAUUGAAAAGGUUCAAGACUUAAAGUGGCAGGCUUCAUACCUCCAGCUGUUCACACAGUGAACCCCAGACAUGAUGGACUCUCUGAAAAAUAAAAUUCUGUGGAUAUACUGUACUGUAUGAAAUUAAGAAACUUUUUUGCAUGGACACAGAUUUAGCUGAACACUUAAAUUAUUUUCUUGGGGCUGCAACUUGCAAAAAAAAGAAAAUAAAUCAGCCAUUUUCAACAGUUUAUAUUAUUUUUAAAAAUAAAUUUCACUAGUGCAUGGUUUUAAAGGGAAGAGAAUGCAAAGGGUGAUACAAAGACACACCACGUUUAUCAUUCUUUAAACCAGUCAUGGUCUGUGUUUUUGCAGACUUAUAUUAAAAAUAAAAAAUAAUUUCUAGCAAAUAUUUAAAAUUCUGUUUAUGUGACAAGAAAUAAGUGUAAUAUAUUAAAUUUAUUUAAAUGUAAAAGGUACAAGCCUUGUAAAGUUCAACAUAAUGUGCAAAUUGUACACUUCUUUUACCUCCUUCUUUCUCUAUCUCUCCUCCCAAUUUCCUUUCUUCCUUUUGCUCUUUUCCCCCUCUACCUCCCAGGAUGAUCAGCAUAUUCUAAAAUGGCUACCUUUUGACUUAUUACUGUCAUAUGCCCCAUAUUUGGUUCAGGGUUGCAGAUUGUUCUGCAUUUCUGAAUUAUUUGAGAAAAAUAUUGUUUAAGAGCUUACUUUUUUUCAAGCAUGUUGAAAAGGAUUUUGCAACAUGGCUUGGGAGUACAUUAAUGUAAUUCAGCAUGUAUUUGAUAAAGAAGAUAUUUGAACUUUUUCAAUUUAUUGUACAGUGCAUGGUAACUUGUUUUCAUUUUUUCUCACCUUCAAAUUGAAUUCUACAGCAAAAUACUGGAAUCAUGUGGCCAUUGUAAAAUGUCUUCAAUAAAUUUGUUUUCAGCACCAGCAUCUUUCAUUCAAAGACUGAACUAUUAUUUCUUGAAGGUUUUUGGACAGAGGAAAAAUUAAGUACCUGAUGGAUUUUUUGGAAACAAAUUUAAGCACUUUUAUUUGCACUAAACCAAAUUGCUACAUUUUUGAAAUAAAAGCAACAAGGGUUACAAAUCUAUACAGUUCUUCUGCUGUAAAGUUCAAUUUUCAUAAAUUACAUUUGCAUUGCAAAAGACAUAAUUAGGUAAUAUCAGUCUGGAAAGUAUCAAUCAGUCUUUGGUUUGUAAAACAGCCUUAAAGAAAGCCUGUCAGUACCACUGUGUCAGCUCUUUGACACCAUUACCAGAACCUCACUGCAGUAAUGGAUCUUCAAAACCCUGGGUUUUGUAGCAGGCAGUAACUACCGUGGGGUGGUGCUGCAAGUUCAAGCUUCUCAUUAAGUUGUGUUAUUUAAAGGGAAUGUAACUGGCUAAUUUUUAAUAACAAAAUAUCCUUUUUUUUUUCUUUUCCUGGGUCUUUGUAUGCCUUUAAUACCUACUUAAGGUUUAAUAUUGAAAUCUUGCAAUAAUUUUUUGAAGUACAUUACAUUCACCUUUAUGGCCACACAGAAUUACUCUGAUUUUAUUUGAAAAUCUACUGAAGUUUCCCAUUAACAAAUUGUACAUGCCUCUGAAGAGGGAAAAAGUAAUAACAGUAUCACUUAUAAUGCCUUUUACUUUGUGCAAUAUCAUAGAAAAUGAGAUUGUGUCUUGUCUGCAGAGUUUAAAUAAUGGAUUAUUGUUAAUUUAAUAGACAGAGUGGUAAAAUUGUAUUUAUUGAAAUAAUUUAGACACCUGUCUACCAGCAGCAAAUAAAUACUACUAACAUGCAGUCUACAAUAUCCCCUAGGAUAUUAAACAAAAGUACAUAACCAUUUUCCUGACACUGUGAGAUGUGCUCACACAUUCUUGUAUGCAUAGUCCUCUAUAAAUUAUUUCAAAUUUUAAAAUCAAGGACAUGACGCAUGGAAGGUUUGUACAUAAUUGUCAUUAUGCAGUAUUUAUUUUAAAAAAAUUAUUGUAUUUUUUUUAAUUUUCACACAUCUGCAAUUCUACUUAUGGUUUAGUCAUGUAAAUAGUACUAUUCCAGUGAUCACUGCUGUCUUGUAAAUAGUACGUUUUAAAAAGUUAAAAGGAAUUACAGUUGGGGAAAACAAAAAAAAAAGGGCAGAUUAGGCCUGUAAUGAACACCAACUAAUGUAAAUCAAACUCAUUCUGGUGAUGGUAUUUAACACUUUAAAUAAAACAUUUUCUUUACAGAAUUUGUGUGCAGAAUUUUGUUGCUUUUCUCUGAGGUGUCAGCAGCAUCCUUCCACAGCCUUCAGUGGGGCUGGAGGCCAGCAUCUCAGGAGCUGGAGGGCAAGCAUCCUUUCUUCUGCCAGCAGGGCUGCAGGGGAGAUGCCAGUGAAGAAUCCAGGCUCACUGGCAGGCUGGGGGAGGCCAGGUGUGCCCAUCACCCAGCAGCCAUGGGCUCUGUGCUCUGGCUGUACUCAGGCUGCCCCUUGCACAGGCUCCCAGGAUGGAGCUGCUCCAAGCUGCCAGUUCUGCUCCAGGGCAUGCUCCAGCUCCAAUAUAACCAGCACACCAAAUGUGCUGAGGCCAGGAAGUGCUCCCAGCAGCUGCUGUGGAGUGGUCCCAUCCAGUUAGACUUCCACCCUAUCCUAGAUACCAUCUAAUUAAUGUUAGCUGCCCUAUUUUUUUGUGAGCAGGGUACAAAUGAGGACAAUGCCCACCUGCCAGUGGUGGCUGCAAGGGCUCAUGUGCAGCUGCUGCAGAAGGGAGCAGUGGCCCAACACCUCCACAGCAAUGAGGGGUGUGUGGAGAUGGCAGAGUGGAGAAUUUAUCUCUACCUGACCCCUCAGAGGCAGCAUCAGCACAGGCAGUGGUGACUGGGCAAAACUUGAGCUCUUAGGACUUGGAAAUUUAUUGAAGAGUGAGAUGCUGACUGGCAGUUUGCACAGGAAGAUGUAUGUAUUUAUUUCCAGAUAUGAGAUGAAAGAAAAGCACUGCAGUUCUGUCAUGAGACAAAACCACCAAAAAAAGCAAGCAAAUAUAUUUUAGGCCAAGCAGUUGUGGGAAUUGUGAAGAUGGGAACUCCAUUUGUUGUUUUGCAUCUGCAAGUGGUUUGCUGGAGGAAGAGACCCAGAUUUCUGGUGUGUUAAACCAUCAACACCCAGCAGGUCCCUCUGCUACUGAUGACAUUUGUGUUGCAAGGGCAGGCAAGUCUCUGGGUGGGAACUGGACUAUAGGGGCAGGUGAGGCUGCACAUCACGGUGGGCAGCAAAACACCUCCUCCCACAGCUGAACAUGAGACCUUGUCUGUCUUUGGCACUUUGUUAGAAAUAUACACAAUUACACUCAGUCCUUGAAAAGAACCUUUAAACAGACCAAAAAAGCUACAACACUUUUCUAAAGGGUUCUACUCUCUGAGACAAUUUCUUGCUGUUUCCCCUCUCCAAUUUCUUAUUGUCUGUGUCCACUUAAUUUCAAACAAAACUAUUUUAAUAGUAACAGUACCACUUUAAUCACGACUACUAAACAUUGUGUGAGAUGGGGCAUUCAUCUGGUUAUGCUGGGAAGAGUUUGUGCCAAUAAAAAAGGCAGUAAAACGCCAUGGUGCCCCAACUGUGGGGCUUUUCUGUUUCCAUGCCUUCAGUUUUACAAGGCUUAAAUAGCAUGAUGUUUGCCAUUUGAGGGUGAGCAUGGGGGCAGCACAUCCCAACCAGCAAACCAUUGCAUUGUCUUUCCCACUACUAUAAAAUAUCUGUUCACAACUGUAUAAUAAUUAAAAUUUAAUAGUUAUUAUAUAGAGAUUUAAUAUGGCAUAAAAGGUAACAAAACAAUCGAUUUCAUAACUUCCUCGCAAAGUUAAAUAAUGUGUGGGACUCUAGAACAGUUUGUACUCUUCCCUUGGCUCAUAUCUGUGCAAUUCUCACCUCUCUGAUACCCAAACAGCAAAGAGCAGACACCAUAGCUGCAGAUAUCCUAGUCAGCUGCCAGUUAUGACUCCCCUCUCUGUCUCUUCCUUGGUAAGAAUUUACAGCAAUGCUUCACCAGGAGAAAGCAGCAAUGCAACAAAGAAGAUGCACAUGUGCCCAGCAAAGAAUGGUUCACCUUCAAAGGACAGGUUUGUGGAACCUAGCUUAGUUGACAAGAAAAAAAAUACAACUAUUUGCUACUAAUACAAAAGAUAAAUUAACUCCUGGAAUUAUUUGCUUAAUACCUGCCUAUUUUUGAUGUCUUGUUUAGGGUGAGAUGAGUCACGCUGGGGACAUCAGAUUCUCUCCUUCUCUCUCCAUUGGCCACAGAGGCAGAAAGUGAUAACUGGCUUGUGUUGAAUUUCUACCCUCAUAGCAUCUGUGCCUAGGAGAAGCAGAUCCAGGCAUAGUAGCCAGAAAUAUGAAUGAGGAUUCCAUAGUCCUUCAGUAGCAAGACCUAUCUGAACUGCCUGUAUAAUAAUCAGGACUGAGGGCAGCAGGCAGCCAAUAACUGAUGAAAGGAGGAAAUGGAUGCAAAUUAAUUUCCCAGAUCUGACACUGUCAUGUCAGGUCACUCCUCAGCCCAGACCCAGGGAGAAAGGGAAGCAGCCAUACUAAUUACUAAUGCCCUAAAAUAUGGCAUGAGGUCACGUGGAAAGGAAACAGCAUCCCAGAUCUGCAGAGAGUGCAGGGUGCAGGACUAAGGAAAAAUUUGUCAUAAGUGCUUGUCCUUUGUGACAAGCCUUCCAGGGGCCAGUGGAGGGGGAAUUGCUGAUCUCCUGUUUGUGGGGCACUGAUAGGACACAGGGAAAUGGAACACAUGGUCAAAGUUCAGAUUGAAUAUUAGGGAAAGGCUUUUCAACCAGGGGGUGGUCACUCACUGGAACAGGCUCUCAGGGAAGCAGUCAUGAGUCCAAGGAGUGUCUGGAUGAUGCCCUUAGUCACCUGGUUCCAACUUGAGAUAUUCCAUGAUUUCUUUGGACAGCCGUUAGGGCUAAUUUAAGAGUUGUUAUUCAAUGCCCUGUCUAGUUACAGUUUUGGUAAAAGAAAGAUCAGUGUUUUAAAGAUGAUAUUUAGAUUAAGGUGACACCAUUCAUGAAAUGAAAACAAACCAAAACACCAACACUUGCUAGGCCAAAACUCAACCAAUAGGUUGAUAAUGCUGAUAAUGCAAAUGACACAUGAAGAACAGGGCCAGUACUCCCCUUGUUAGUGCAUGUUAGCCUAGUUUGAAUGCCAAUAGCAGCCAAAAUUAUUACUAUUAUUGAUGACAAUUAAAAGAGACUUAGGUAAUGCUGAGGGAUUAAAUAAUGUGAAAUUAUCAAAGUAGCAGAUAUUUUAUUGAUAUCCAUUAUGAGCCCCCCUUUUGUUCCUGGUUAAUUAGUAUUUUAGCUGCAACAUUCCUGAAUACUGGCAAGACAGAUCCCUGAAGAUGAGGAAGAGUCAUUUUUAUCAGGCACCACCUCUCAGGGACCAGAACACUGAGAGUUCUGCUGCUUGGGAAGAAACUCAGUUAAGGAGCUUGAGGACUUUUGAAAUUUCUCCUUACAGUCUCCCACACAUCAGAAAGAACACAAAGAUUUUCUUUACCUAACAGUUUCCCAGCCCAUAUUCUGAUUCCAUACCAAAUUCUGAGCUGUGAUUCUGUGUUUUGGAAUUUGUACCCAAGACUCUCAGAUCUGCUAGCCUGGCCUUCCAGACACCUUGGUUGCCAUCUGCCACAUGCCUGAGGUGUCAGAGCACACAGUUACACAACCUCAUGCACAAACAAGUGAGUCCUGUCCUUCACUGUGCUUUGGCUGUAUGAGCACUGUGUUUUGGCAGCCAGCAGCUCUGGCUCUCUAGGAACAGCCCUGGGGUAGGAUGGCACUUCACCAACUUUAUUCUUCACUAGCAAAAACACAACUUGGAGAAUUGAUGUUUUUUAUAUAUCCUGAUGCACUUUGGCCAUUGAAAUAAAGUAAGAAGGGUAGAUCUCAGAGUCAGCCAAGAAGCAUUUGGGGAACAUGAAGGGAACAAGGCCACUUAAAUCAUUUAAAAUGCAUCUGCAUUUCUAAAUUGUCCCCUAACACAAGUCAGGUGAUAGACAAAAAAAUGUUGAAUAGAGAUACAGAGGUGACAUAUUCCUGUAAGCACCUUAAAAAAUAUUAAACAAAGCAAAACAGUGUUCGCAUAGUUCCCAGUUCUAAAGUUUCAUUAAGAUGAAAACCUAAAGAAAAUUAACAUAAGAAUCUUCAUUUUGGGUAGCUGUGAAUACUUCUCAUUUCUAACCUGGGAUUUCUUGUUUUUAAUUAGCAUGGUAUUAGUAAAAAUCACAGCUUCUCUGUGGCUGUGGGACUAGUUUCUUUAGUUAUGCAUGUUUAAGUACAAACAUAUUUUUAUAUUGUUUUCUUUACCUGCUUAGGCACAGUUUUUAUUUCUUUUUUUUUUUUUUUUUAAGAAUGAUCCAGAACCAAGAUGCUUCCUUGUGACUUUUCCACAGCUCAUGCAUGUCAGAUACUUAAAAUACAAGCAGGUGUCUUAGGCAACAGAUUCAGAAUAUAGUUUUCUUACACCCUCAGCAGCUUUGCUUUCCUAACUAGUGCUGAGUUACAAACUUAGUGUGACAGCUGGGUGUCAGCAUCAAGCCACAGUUACAGUCCAAGAUGGAUACCAGGCUGUGCUCAGCAUCUGAUUUAGGUGAAACUCAGAGGGCCAGAAUUAAGAGUCUAUUUAAUUGCACUCAAUGAAAAGAGACAGGAGGAUCUCCAAGGCAGCUGUAAUUUAGGAUCUUCUGGAAAACCAUUUUGAACACUUUUCACUAUCAGCUGCAUAUGAAGGCAGUUCAGCUUCCAAGGCAGGCAAUGCAAAUAGCUCCUAAAAUGAGCAUGCCACUCUCUGGGUAAGACACAGAAGAAUAUCAGGUCCUUAUUCCCUUCAGUACUUUUUGCUCCCAGAAAACAUCUGGGAAAAUCUCCCUCUGAGAACCGAAUGACAAUGAAAUUAAACAUUGUGAAAGCAAAAACGUGGGGAAGAGCAAAAUGGACCCACUGAAACUUCUCCAUCCACUCAUGCCAGCCUCAGCCCUUCAGCCCUGGCUGACCUUGGCCUCGGUGAGAUUUGGUCAUCUUCCUGCUCUCAAGCAGCUAUUGAGUUCCAUUUGCAGACAGCAAGGUGUCAGCUGGCUGCUGGAGCCCUAGAGCAGCUUGGUCCUGUGUCCCUGCUCCUUCAGCCUCUGGUCCUUGCUCAGUGGGGUCACAUCUGCCCUGCUCCCUGCAGCCAGCUCUACUUGCUGCCAUGGAGAGCCAGCAGCAUGGCUUGCUUUGCAUCCAUACACCUGGACUCUCUUCCUUUCUCCUGCCUCUUCCCUGCCUCUAGUAAAGCUUUCCUUUCCCAGAUUUCUGGGAACAAGGGCUCGCCAAUGCCUUAACAAUCAGUCCUUUACAAACUGGGAACACAACACUUCUUUUGCCAAAUUUGAAGCCGGUUCUUUCACUCCAUGUGGUCU